AUGGAGAGCUCGGCGGCCCCCGGCGGCCUCCACCCGGCGGAUGACCCGGCCCGCGGGACCUCGGGGCAGCAGGACCCGGCGGGGCCCCCGGCGCAGACUCCCUGCGGCCUGGGCGCCUCCCUGUGCUUCGCCUCCGCAGAGGACGAGGCCCCGCGGGCCCGCGCCGUAGCCGCCGCCUCCCCGCCGUCCCGCCGCGGCGUGGUGGACACGCAGCGGGAGCUGGGCGCCGGCGCCGCCCGCGCGGAAGAGGGGCCGGAGCCCCCGGAGGAGGAGCGCGCGUCCCGCCCGGAGGAGAGGACCCCGUCCCCGGAGGAGGCGUCCGCGUCCCGCGCGGAGUCCCCGUCCUCCCCGGAGGAGAGGACCCCGUCCCCGGAGGAGGCGUCCGCGUCCCGGGAGGAGUCACCGUCCUCCCCGGAGGAGAGGACCCCGUCCCCGGAGGAGGCGUCCGCGUCCCGGGAGGAGCUUGAACCCCGGGGGGAGGAGAGCCCGUCCCCGGAGGAGGAGCUCGAGCCCGCGCCCCCCGCGGCCCCCGGGCUCGCGCUCGCGCUCGGGGAGCCCGACCUGGUCCUGGAGGUGGCGGGCCGGCGGCUGCGGGCGCACAAGGCGGUGCUGGCGGCGCGCAGCGACUACUUCCGCGCGCGCGCGUCGCGGGACGUGCUGCGGGUGCGGGGCGUGGGCCCGGCGGCGCUGCGCCUGCUGCUGGCCGACGCCUACGGCGGGCGCAUGGCCGGCGUGCGGCCCGACAACGUGGCCGAGGUGGUGGCGGGCGCGCGCCGCCUGCAGCUGCCCGGGGCCGCGCAGCGCGCCACCGAGGCCGUGGCGCCGCAGCUGAGCCCGGACAACUGCGCGGCGGUGCUGGGCGCGGCCAAGCGGCGGCGGCUGGCGGAGCUGCGCGACGCCGCCUACCGCUUCAUGAGCGACCACUACCUGGAGGUGCUGCGCCGGCCGGCCGUCUUCGGGCGCCUGUCGGGGGCCGAGCGCGAGCUGCUGCUGCGCCGGCGCCUGCGCGCGGGCCGCGCCUGCCUGCUGGCCGCGGCGCUGGCGCCCGCCGCCGGGGCGCGCGCGGGGGGCGCGGCGGGGGCCGCGGGCGCGCGCGGGGAGGCGGCCGCGCUCUACCGCUUCUGCGCGGCGGCGGGCGCGUGGCGCGCGCUGGCGCCGCUGCCCGAGGGCGCCCCGGCGCGCGGCUGCGGCCUGGCCGUGCUGCACAACUACCUGUUCGUGGCGGGCGGCGUGGCGCCCGCCGGCCCCUCCGACCGCGUCUUCUGCUACAACCCGGCCACGGGCCGCUGGAGCGCCGCGCGCCCGCUGCGCCAGGCGCGCUCGCAGCUGCGGCUGCUGGCGCUGGACGGGCACCUGUACGCGGUGGGCGGCGAGUGCCAGCUGGGCGUGGAGCGCUACGACCCGCGCGCCGACCGCUGGGCCGCCGUGGCGCCGCUGCCCCGCGGCGCCUUCGCCGUGGACCCCGCCGCCGCCGUCUGCAACGGCGAGCUCUACGUGUCCGGCGGCUCGCUGUUCGGCCGCCUGCUCAAGUACGACCCGCGGCGCGACGAGUGGCAGGAGUGCCCGGGCGGCGGCGGCCGGGGCCGCGCGGCCGGCCUGGUGGGCCUGGGCGGCUUCCUCUACCGCUUCGAGCUGGGCGGCGCGCGCGGCGACGCGCAGGGCGCGGGCGCGCUCAGCGUCUGCCGCUACCACUGCGCCGCGCGGCGCUGGAGCCCGGGCGCCGCGCGCCUGCGCCCGCCGGGGCCCCCGCGGCCCUUCCGCUGCGCCGCGCUGGACGGCGCCGUCUACUGCGUGAGCCGCGCCGGCACCUGGCGCUUCGUGCCGGCCGCCGACGGCGAGCCCGGGUCGGACGCGGGGCCCGGCGGCCACUUCGAGCCCGAGCCGCUCGGGGCGCCGCUGGACGUCCGCGGCGUGCUCGUCCCGUUCGUGCUCCGCCUGCCCGACAGCUCGGACCCGGACCAGGACCCAGACCCGGACCCGGACCUGGACCCGCAGGCCGCGGCCUAG